AUGGAAAGGGCCGAACCUUCGUCGAAGCGGCGGCCCAACAAUGGAGGAGGCACAGUCGCCGAAGGCGAAGCCUCCUCACCCAUCUCGCCGAGGCAUGCCUCCAAGCGCAGCCGCGACCCCGCGCUCAGGAUACCCACAACAAGCUCGGCUUCCACCUCACCCGCUUCCCAUCACCGUCCCUCUUCCUUGCCUUCCUCCGUUCCAGCUCCAAGCGCCUCUUCUCACGACUCCACUCGACUAUCAUCGCGCUCCUCCCACAACUCGGGCGGCGCAUCUGGCACCAACAGCAGCUCUUCGUCCAAGUCGCGCGCCAGCGGCAGUGGCGGCGACGACAGCGCGGGCAGCAUUAGGGAACGUAGCAAGAGCGACGCCCGGCGGAGCGUGCGCGAGAGGGACGGCGCAUUGUGGUCGGCCUCCAUCGCGGGGUCGUCAUCGGCCCGACGGCACCAAGAAAACGGCGGCGAGAAGGACCUCAGCAGCAGCGCAGCGCCGACGACCGCGUCCGCGUCGACACGGAACGUGCACGCGCCUAGCGCCACCGCAGCCGUGACCGUGGCCGCAGCCGCCGCACCAACCGCCGCCCGGGCGUUGUCGCGCAUCGAUCGCGAGACCCGGCUUGAGCGCCGUCGCAGCCUGCCCGCCCAUAUCUCAAGGCGACACGCCGCCCUCGUUCCCUCAGGGGCCAUCAUCAGCGGCGGCGGCGGCGGCGGUAUCAAGAAGAAGCUGCGGAGACAGAAAUCGGACGACCUCGGCGCGCUGGUCGGCCUCGCGUCGACCGACGCCGCCGGCUCAUCAUCGUCGUCUUCGUCGUCGUCAUCGUCAGCCGGCAGGCGAAGCCGCAUGACGGGCGGUGAUGGCAAGGGCUCCUCCGGCGGAGGGCACUCGACGCGCGGACUGCCUCGUGGCGAAUCCGCAUCGUCGUCGCCGUCGUUGCUAUCGCCGCGCCGCGGCCGUGACAGCGGCGGUCACCAGCGAACCAGCGAGCGCAGGUCGGGCGAGGCGCCCGCGUUACUCUGGUCGAGGGGCCACACACCGACCGACAAGCCCAGCGAGAAGUCGUCAUCCUCUUCAUCGUCGUCAUCAUCGCCUUCGUCGUCUUCUCGACAGCUGUCGGCCGUCGUCGGUCCGUCGCCUCGUGAGCGUCGCGUCAGCAACGCCAAGCGCAGCGACAGGGCCUCUGUCGACAUCAGCGACCGAGAGCGUACGCUGUCGACAUCGUCCAACGGCAGCGACCAGACCUCCUCUCUGAACAGCAGCGGCGACCACAACCACCCGCACGACAGCGGCAGCAGCUCCACUCGACGCAAGGACCGGGGCGGCAGCAGCAGCGGCAAGGAAGCGACCGAGGCGGAAGCUGCCAAGGGCAGUGGCGGCAGCCUGGCCGUGCGGCGCUCGGAGAGGGCGCACCGACGCAGGAGCGACGAUAUGCGGGCGGCGGGAUUCGUGCCCGCCAGCGGCGACGAGCAUGGGACCCGCAGCAGCGGCGGCGGUGGUGGCGGUGGCAGCCAGGCGACGGCCCACCCGGUCGCACCACCCCCGGCCCCUGCGAAGAGGGAGCCGCGGGACAAGUCCAAGCGGGCGACGCUGCGCAUGAACUGGACGGUGGGCACGAAGGGCGCCUCGGGCAAGCGGGAGAGCGUGCUCAGCCUCGUGACCGCCGCCGGCGGGCCGCAGCCCGAGAAGGCCCGCACGCCGCGCGGAACGUCGAGCCUGCGGCCCCAGCAGCCCUCCGUUACGGCCAGCGGCGGCCACCGGAGAGGCGACGGACGUGGCGCGGACGACAGCGGCAGCGGCGAGAGCAGCAGCAGCGGCGACCGCCGGAGUAAUCGCGAAGACGGCAAGGAGCGGAAAGAGCGAAAGCGAGGCGAUGACCACAGCGGUGGGGGCGACAGGAAAGAACGAAAGCGGGGUGACGCUAACGCUGUCCAAGCAAAGAGCGAAGCGACGGACGCCGGCGAUGGCGAGAACGGCAGAGCCAAGCGGAGCAAGGACCGCGGCGACCGCGAUGCGGCGGACACGAAGCCAAAGAGGGAGAAGAAGAAGGAGAAGAAGGACGAAGAGGACCGCGGUCACCGUCGUCGGCGCAACGGCGGCGACCACAAGAAAGAGAGCACGGACGAGUCACACAAGGCCGUCGCCAACGAUCGCAAGCCUGCCGAGAGCGAUAGCGACAGCGAUGACGACACCGACGCCGGAGGCGGAAGCUCGACCGGGUCGGCGAUCGUGUACAGCGCCGAGGAGGCGGCCCAGCGCGAGGCCGAGGAGCGCGAGGCGCUGCAGCGCGAGAUCGGUCGGGUGGCAGUCAUCCUCGCCGAGGCCAAGGAGGCCGUGCGGCACCCCGCCUCGCAGGGCGCCAGCGCCACGCCCACCAAGACCCCCGUCUCGCAGACCAUGUUGCACAGCGACGGCUUUGCCCCGCUGCGCCACCGGAGCGACGACACAGGCCUGGGCAUGAGCGCCUCCGACAGCCACGUCCCGCCGCCGUCGCACCAGUCGCGCAGCGCCAGCUUGAGCGCCUACCGCCCGCCGCCCGGUCUCUCUGCGGCGGCUGAAUCGACAGAUGCGGCGGCGAUGAUGAUGACGAGCAGCGCGACCGAGCUGGGCGACCGGCGCGAGUCAGCUGCGUUUGCCCGGCUGCUAGAGCGUCAGCGCCAUAUGGGCUCGUCGUCCACGGUCGGGCGGGCCAACUCGCGCCAGAUCGAGCGCCCGCCGCUGGAGCAAACUGAGGGCGCGCUCACCCCCCACGCGCAGCUCCACCGUCUCCAAGAGGAGCUGCUCGACAAGUACUUCGCUCAACAGCAGCAACAACAGCAAGCCCAACAACAGCAGCAAAGGCAAACCACCAACCUCAUCCACCAUGGCAAGCUCGGGUCCGCGACAGUGGGGCGAACCUCGCGGACCAAUUCGGUGGGUAUGCGGAAGCGGCCGGGUCUGCUGGUCUUUCCCGACAGCGCCUCGGAGCUGGACGGCAGCUCCUCACCGAGCUCGAGCGGCAGCAUGACCGCCACCGGUGGCAGCAGCAGCCUCACCUCGUCCGCCACCGACGUCUACCCCGCCGGUGGCCUCCGCAUCAGCAGCAGCAGCAGCUCGACCCCCACCGCCACCGCGCUGCGGCCCGCCAGCUCGCUGGCCCAGUCCCAGCCCAGCCUCCGGUCGCUCAGCGACAGCCUCAGCGCCGUUGCGACGACGGUAACCGUGGCCGCGGAUGCGGGCGUCGACGAGGCGGCGUCGCCCGCCGCGGCCGUGUUGUCGCCUCGGAAGCGGGGCGACCUGCGGCAGAUGCUGCGCAUGUCGGGCGAGCGGUUCAUCGUGCCCAAGCCCGCCGGCAGCGACCUGGCCCGCUCCCGCGGCAAGGCGGGGCUGAUGCCCCGCGCGCUGCUCUUUGUACCGCCUUCGCCUUCGGUGGCCGCGGGCAAGAUGACCGACAGCGGGGACAGCACCUGCAGGGCCGACGACGGCGAUGAAGACGAUGACAACGACGACAGCGAAGAGAGCGAGGAAGACGACGACGAUGACGAAGAAGAAGAUGACGGUGAAGAUGACGAUGACGACGACGACGACGAGCCGUCUCACGAGGGCGACAUGACCCUCGAGACGGCCAUCCGCGAGCAGCGCUUGGGUGCCAUCGCCGCCGUGCUGCGCAGGCUCGACGCCCACAACACCGGUGGUGGCCCGCGGCACCGAAGGCGGGCAGCGUCGGCGUCGGCCUCUGCCGCGGCGGCGGCGCAGCUGUCGCGCAUCCCCUCGCUGCUGGUCGACGACGCCGACGGCAACCCGGGGCCGGGCGGGUCGCCACUCCACCUGGCCGCCUCCCUGUCGCCGGCCCACAAGCGGCGCGACAAGGUCUUCGAGUACCUCAUGAACUACGGCGUCAAGCACCGCCAGCGCCGCGAAGACGACGACGACGAGAAGGCCGCGCUGCUGAACAACGGCGGCGUCGGCGUCGGCAUCGCGGGCGGCCGCGAGGCGCAGCUCGUCGUGGGCCGCAAGCGCAAGCAGUCCUACGCGGUGGCGCGCCGGCGCGCUGGCCUGGGCGGCGAUGAUGAAGAGGGCGAUGAGGAUGGUAGUGAUGAUGGUGAUGACGGGAGGCCGGAGGGGGUGGUGGUGGACUGGGAGCGGGACGAGAUCCCUGCGUGGCAGUGGAUCGACGCGCCCAAUCGGGAGGGCGACUCCGCGCUCCACGUGGCCGUGGCAAAGGGCUUCCUGUUCGCCGUCACGAAGCUCCUCCAGGACGGCCUGGUCGACCCCGACAUCGUCAACAUGAUGGGGCGAACGGCGCUGCACCUUGCGUGCAGGUGGGGCCGCACGGACGUGUGCGUGACCCUGCUGGCUGCCGGCGCCACCCUCGAUCGUGUCGACGACAAGGGCAAGACGGCGUACGACCUGGCGACGCAGCACGGCCAUGCCGAGUGCGCCAGCCUACUGAUGAAGGAGGGCGCCGACGCGCUGCUCCACUACCAGUGCCCGCCCGUGCCCACCUCGUCGCAGCGCUACGAGAACAAGGCUCUGGCCGAGACCACCCACGACCGCUUCGGCUGGGUCGUGCGCGAGACCACCCGCGCCCGCGCCCCGCCGACCACCGCCAGCGGCUCCUCCUCCUCCUCUUCGUGCAACCAAUCCGUCUCCUCGUCGUCCAACACCACGGCGUCGAAGCGGAUGGAGCUGAGAGACGUGAGGCGGGAGAAGAAGUGGAAGGAGAUGCUGAAGCGGUGGGACCAGGCCGAGGCCGGGCGGGCCGACUGGGAGCGCCCGCCGAAGGACCUCAAGUUUCAGAAGAAGCUGCGCCAGCGCGUGCUCAAGGGCAUCCCCAAUCGACUACGCGGCCAGGUGUGGGCCCGCCUCGCCCAGACCGAGGAGCUGCGCGCCCGGCAAGGCGGCAGCAUAUUUGACCCCUGGCGGCAGGGCUCCAAGUACAUCAAGCAGAUCGACAUGGACAUCGAGCAGACGGACAGAGACCACAUCUUCUACCGCCAGCGAUACGGACCCAAGCACGCUCCCGCCGCCUACAGUGUACAUAACCCGCUCGUGGGCUACAAGCAGGGCCUGGCCCAGAUCACGAGCACCAUCCUCAUGUACAUUGACGACGAGGAGGAGGUGUUUUGGAUAUUGGACAGCAUGAUCCAGAGCUAUGGUCUGGAGGACCUGUACAAACCCGACUUCCCCGGAUUGAAGAAGAUGUUCUUCCUGCAGGACCAGCUGAUGCGGUGCUUCCUGCCCAACCUGCACGACCACUUCCACAAGCAGAGCAUCAGGACGUCGUCCUACAUCACCAAGUGGGUGAUGACGAUGUUCCGAAGUCUGCCCUUCCACGUGUCUCUGCGGGUGUGGGACUACUUCUUCUACGAGGGCACCAUCGCCCUGAUCACCGUCUCGCUCGCACUCACCUCCAUCUUCUCCGGCCGGCUGGAGUCACUCGGGUUCGAGGGCAUCAUGUUGAUGCUGAACAACAUGCACAAGGAGUCGAUCAACGCCGAUCGCCUGAUCAAGACGGCGGUCAACCUGCAGGCCAAGAUCGAGAAGUUUGACCUCAUUGCCAAGCUCUCGGCCUCGUACGUGUCCGGCCGCAGCGAGUCGACCGCUUCCCUCAACGUGGCCCGCGUGCUGCUCAAGAAGAGGCCCAGGGAGCCGCCCUCCGCGCCGACCUCCACGGUCGCGCCGGUCGGUAGCACUACGUCGUCGACGCCCACAGCGGGCGCCACCACAACGGUCUCCCCCCGGCGGCUGUCCGAUGUGCGGCCCUUUGCCCUAGCCGCCGCGCCAGCCCAGAUCUCCCGCAGCAGCUUCGGUUGA